GAUGCACUUCCGGGUUAACCUCUCUCCCUGCGUGUGGAAAGUGAAGCACGUUGAGCCUGUAUCAGGGCGAUCCCCGGGUGUUCCAGUCACUUACAGCAGGUCCUAUCGGUCUUCAUAAGAGACACCAUGAUGCACGAAAGUAACGAGUUCCUGAACUCCCCACCAACGAAAUCUGUCAGGUUUGGUGGGAAGGUGACCGAAGUCCUGUCAAAGUAUUCCCAGGGCCACAAGGAUGAUUUUGAACUUUUAAAGCACCAGUUGUCUGAUCCAGAUAUAAAGGACGGACAGAUUAUAAACUGGUUGCAAGAGUUUCGGUUUUCGGUGACUUACCUGACCAUUGAUUAUGAACAGCUAGUCAACAUCGUGCUGAAACUUCCGUGGCUGAACAGAAGCAAAGAAGUUGUAGAAGAAUACUUCGCCUUUUUGGGCAAUCUUGUGUCGGCCCAGACGGUCUACUUGCGGCCUUGCCUGAACAUGAUUGUCUCCAACUUUGUACCAGCUCGUGUUGUUAUAAGUGAAGGUGAUGUGCAUAUUUCAGACUCUGAGGAUGAAGAUGACGGUAUCGUCGCUCGAUUUAACACCUGUCACCGGACAUUGCAGAUGAUAGCGCAAUACGUUCCUUCAGCUCCACGUUUCCUGAUGCCAAUUCUUGUGGAAAAAUUCCCCUAUAUCAAAAAAUCGCCAAGAGUCAUGGAAUGCUAUGUUCAUAACCUUUUACGGAUCACUGUGUACUUUCCAGUGAUCAGACAGGAAAUCUUGGAACUCAUAAUUGAAAAGUUGCUUAAGAUUGAU